ACGUGUUUCCUGUAGCGACUAGGCAUGAGAAUAUAUGUAAACACCAACUUCAGUUGCAUCAGAAAAAGAAAAAAAAUAACAGUAUUUAGUAUACAAUAUUAUUUAUAACAGGUUGAAAAUGCUCCUGUUUUGUCCAACUUGUGGGAAUGUGUUGAUCGUGGAGGAGGGACAGAGAUGCUUCAGAUUCGCGUGUAACACAUGUCCAUAUGUGCACAACAUCACGAGGAAGGUAAAUAACAGAAAGUACCCCAAACUGAAGGAGGUUGAUGAUGUUCUCGGGGGCUCUGCUGCUUGGGAAAAUGUGGAUUCCACUCCAGAACCUUGUCCAAAAUGUGAGCACCCAAGGGCCUACUUUAUGCAGAUUCAGACUAGGUCUGCUGAUGAACCAAUGACAACCUUCUACAAGUGCUGCAAUAUACAAUGUGGGCAUCGCUGGAGAGACUAAAUCAGAGAUCUCAGAUUUAAACUUUAUUUUGAGGCUCAGAAUAUGUGCUCAUAACAGAAUAUUCAGUUUCCAUAUAGAAGAUUUAUAUUUAUUUGUUGGAGCCAAAACUUGAUGAUACUGUGUCGUGUAUUUGGAUUCAAAACGACAGACACCCCUUUAUUCUUCAUUAACUACUUUAUUUU